GAAGAAGCCUUCAGAUAUCUGUGUCCUGCACCUCCACAAGUUCAGUGGCCACCAAGCUUCAACAUUCGAGCGUUCUUCCAAUCAGCAUCCCAGUGCCAGCAUGUGGAACAGUUGUUCUUUGGAUCCUUCGAACGAAGACUCGACUUUCGCAAGACUUGUAUUCUUUCUCGCAUCUCCACCAUUCACUUAAUUUGCAAAAUUGCGUGAAGGUCCAACCUUUCUGCUGACCAGCAUCCAUUUCGAUCAGAAGGCAUGACAUCAUUAGAUGGAGAAGAAGAAUGUAAUUCUGAAGACGCAUUUCCAACGUUGGAUUGGCAUGUCAACUCCGAUCACGGCGAGCCACCGUUGACUUUUGAUUCAUCCACGACCUUCCCCAGUCCGAGCUUAGAGUCUUCUUGCAAUCCUUUUGAGGAAAGCUUUCGCAACGCACAACAUUGGGAGACGUGGGAUAGGGAUUCCAUCUCAACAGCAUCUUUCCAAGGAAACGUACCAAACGUUUCGAACGACCUUCAUUACGCCACAGAUCUAUAUUCCAUGAUCACCACGACUCCUGCAGAAGGAGAAAACCCGUUUCACUAUACAUUGGGGCGGACCAGUCCCGAAUACAACAACACAACUACUUCUGACUUCGUGUAUCCAGCUAUGACGACAUCGCCACUAUCCACCACUUCCUUUAUGGGUUACAAUACUGGAGAGCAGAUAGAUAUAAACAAAUCUUACACAGACCAUACGACUAAGGUGAACACACAGAUGCGCCAUCAUAAAGAAAAGCUAACAGAACUACCAGCUACUGUCGACAGCAACAAGUUCUUCCAAAACAAAGCCUAAGAGAUCAAGUACAAACAGGCAUGCGAAACAGAACCGUGUAGGUGAGCAUGAUACCACAGAAAUGAGGUAUAGAGGGAGGAUGAAUAACGAGUUCGCAACGUUGUUCUCAGCACUUCAUGCAGUUGGGGAACUUGGGCCUAGUGUCCUGGAAA